AGAAAGCAUCAGUUAAUCUGAGUCGUUUGUCGUUCGCACCUGAACUAACACAGACCACGAUGAACUCGCUGGUGGUGUUGUUUUCCGUGAUGGCGCUGGCCGCCGCCAGCCCCUCGGGCCUGCUGGCCACCGCGCCGCUGGCGUACUCCGCGCCACUGACGUACUCCGCGCCGGUGCUGGCCGCCGCGCCCGCCGCCGUCUCCAGCCAGUCUCGCCUCGACAUCAAGUCCUCGCCAGCCGUCGUCAGCACUUCAUACGCCGCUGCUCCUUUAGCGUACGCCGCAGCGGCUCCCAUCGCUCCCGUGGCCUACACUGCACCUUUAGCUGCCCAAGCCAUAGCGCCCGCUGCCGUCUCGCACCAGUCCCGCAUUGACAUCAAGUCAUCCCCGGCCGUCGUCAGCACUUCUUACGCUGCUGCUCCCAUUGCCGCUGCGGCUCCCAUCGCGUACAGUGCUCCUGUAGCUUACUCUGCGCCAGUGGCAGCUGCGGCCAUCGCUCCCGCCGCUGUCUCCCACCAGUCUCGUGUUGACAUCAAGUCAUCUCCGGCUCUCGUUAGCACUUCUUACGCCGCCGCUCCCGUCACCUACGCCGCCGCUCCCAUCGCCUACGCCGCUGGCUACGCGGCGCCCAUCGCUACUGCCGCCAUCGCGCCUGCCUUGCCCCUGGACACCCCUGAGGUGAUCGCCGCCCGCGCCGCGCACUUCGAGGCCCACGCACUCGCCGGCGCGCACCUGAUCAAGAAGCGCUCGGCACCGCUGUUCGCUGCCCCGGUCGUGUCCACGUACUCCGCGCCGAUCGCCUACUCCGCGCCCUACGCUCCCGUGACGUCGUACGCCUCCUACACCCCCCUCACCUACUCCUCGCCCCUCAUUACGAAGGCCUACAGCGUGCACCCUUGGUGAGCGCCAUCACGGUAACGAGGAUUUACUUGCCUCAGUUCAACGACAUCGAACGACAAUGAUUAACUCGUAAAUAAAUUGGAACAAAUAA